UCACUGUUAAUGCACUGGAAGGAAAAGACUGCAAGGAAUCUAUCAAGCUCAUUGCAGAAAGUGCUAAUCUCUCAGAAGAGCAACUUGCUUUCCUAAUUUCUGGCAUGUAUACCCUUCUCCGAGAAGCACUGAGACUCCCCUUAUCGACUUUCAAACAAGAAGUUUUUAAGGAAGACCUGAAGGAGCUCAGGAUACCAGAAGAUUUCAUUGCAGACUUUUCCAGUGUAGUCUUUGGAAACAGGCGUCCUGCUCCCGAAGGCACAGCUCUGAUACAGAGAAGUAGGCUACCAACUAUCCAGGACUUCAGGUGGAGAGUGGACGUAGCUAUAUCCACGAGUUCACUGGCCCGAGCACUUCAACCAUCCAUUCUAAUGAUGAUGAAGCUUUCAGACGGGACAGCUCAUCGCUUUGAAGUGCCAGUUGCGAAGUUUCAAGAACUGAGAUACAAUGUUGCCCUUAUACUGAAGGAAAUGAAUGACUUGGAGAAGAGGAGCAUCCUGAAGAUCCAAGACUGAAUUACUGAUUGGGAGUUUAUGGAAGAGAUCUGAACCCCUCAGCGUGUUCUGCGAAUGGCAGAGCAGGGGACCAUCACCAUUUUGCCUGUAUGAACUCCAAUUAUGAUGUCUGCUGUAAAUAUUCUUCUCAAUUCAAGUAUUAAAAGCACAAACUCUUUUUGUAAGACUUAAGAAAACCAAAAAUGCGUCUAUGAAAAAGUAUAAUGCUGUUUGUGAGCGUUUUUGCAUGAUUCAUCAAAACAUUUUUUAAAUAACUGUCUUAAUAGAUGGAAGAGUCAUUUAUUUCUGAUUAUGAUUCAUCACUAAUUAUUUUUGCAAGUCUGCUACCGGAAGCCCCAUCAGUGUGUGUGUAUCAUAAGAAAGCUCUGCAAUAGUUCAAAUUAAAAACAAAAUGACAAACCCA